AUGAAGUCAUCUCUUGCUUUAAGUGUUCUUUCGUGCAUAUUUGUGUUGGCGCAAGUAGCUCAAGCCUUACAUUUCUAUGCCAAAACCGGUGAUACCAAAUGUUUUUUUGAAGAAUUACCAAAGGAAUCCCUUGUUGUUGGUAAGAUCGAUGCUUAUGAAUAUAAUGAACAAACUGGUGACUACUAUAAGAAUAACAACUUGAAAGUUGGAAUCACGGUUGUUGAAACCUUUGAUAACGAUGAAAUGGUUGCUAACCAAAAAUCAUCUCCAACUGGUGAAUUCACUUUUACCUCAUUUGAAUCCGGUGAACACAAGUUUUGCUUAACCCCAAUUUAUACUGAUGGUACUAGUAACAAGGCUCACCGUAUCUUCUUUGAUAUUGCCAUUGGUUCAGCCCAUGACUAUGUUGACUCUAAAAGUACUAGACAAGUUGAUGCCUUAACUCAACACGUCCAAUCUUUGAACAAGAAAUUACAAGAAAUUCACAGAGAACAAGAACAAAUGAGAGAACGUGAAGCUAUCUUCAGAGAUCAAUCCGAAUCUACCAACUCUCGUGUCGUUAAGUGGACCAUCGUUCAAUUAAUCGUGCUUAUUGGUACUUGUGCCUAUCAAUUGCGUCAUUUAAAGAGUUUCUUUGUUAAACAAAAAAUUGUUUAAUCCUAGUGAUGUCCUCUAUGUAAAAUUACUUUUGUAUGUACUAUGACUUGGUCUCUACAAGUUUAUAAACCUACUCCAAUC